AUGACCUCCUCCUCCCCUCUCCCUCCCGGCCUGAAAACCCUCCAAAACCAGCUCACCCACCACCCCACCUCCCCCUGGGGCCUCCCCAUCUACCGCACCACUCACUCGCCCCUUUCCCAAACCGCCUGGCCAACCUUCCUCUCCCUCCUCCAAACAAACGUCAGGCCCACCCUAAGAGAAAUCUACCACCUCCCCUCCCUCGCCAGAUCCCACUCCCAACCGAUAUUCUCUGACUCGGAGAAAUACGCCGGGCUGGACACCCACGCAUACUGUCUCACGGCGGAUGACAUCUGUCUUGAGUCGAUGGAUAGGGGGAGGAUGUUGAUGCCGGUUGUCAAGCGGGGGUGGGUGCCGGCCGAGGAGGAAGGAGGUGAUGGCAAGAAGGAGGAGGGGAUGUUGUGGGAGGAUGGAAAGACGGGCGAGCAAGGGGAGGAUGUGGGGUGGAUGUAUAUUUAUGUUGGGGAGUAUGUUGGGAUGUGUGAUGUUUUGGGGCAGGGGGAGGAAGGGUGGUAUUCGGUUUAUGUGAGGCCGCCGUUGAUGAGGGAUACGGAUCCGUCGGGCGAGGAGGAGGUGGGGAGAUUGCCGGGGUGGUGGAGGAGGGGAACGAGAAUGGAAGGGUGA